AUGAAUGUUCUGCUGAACUCCCCUAAAAGAGGAAGGCUGAUGUCAAGUCUUCUAGAACUCAAGCUGGAUGUGUUUGGAGAUCGUGAUAUGCUCCUUAAAGUAGUCCGUGCGCGGUCUAGCUCACUUGUUGAGAGGCAAAGAGAUGCUGAUAUUCCUCUCCGUGGUUCGAGUUGUCUGUACUAG